CCCGUCGCCUCACGCGCAUUCCUUUUUGUCGCGUCGCGUCGCCUCCCCUCCUCGCGAUCUCAGCUCGCCCCGCCCCCCUUUAUAAACGCCGCCGCCCAAGCGUGCACACACCAGCAAAGCAAUCCCACCACCCCGCCAAGACGCGUCCAGCUCCACUCCGGGCACACAAGCACGAGCGAGCUCCUCUCCUCCGCCCGCCGGUCUGAAGCCUCUCUUUAUUUCAUCGCCUCUGAUGUCCGCGAUGGCCGCGGCGGCGGCGCCUCCCCCGCGCCUCGACUCCGUCCUCAGCUUCGGCAACGCGCUGCCCGGCGACGGCGCCGAUGCCGACGCACACCGCCCGGGCACGGAUGAGCGCGCCUUCUCAGACGCCGGCAGCGAAUACGACGACGACGACGACGCGGGGUUCGAGUUCGCCUUCGCGCCGCCGCUCGUGGCGCGCGGGACCGGCGGCGGCGCCGAGGACCUCGCGCCGGCCGACGACAUCUUCGCGCACGGCCGCAUCCUCCCGGCGUACCCGGUCUUCGACCGCCACCACCUCCUCGACCGCGGCGACGACGAGGCGACGGCGCCGGCGCCCCAGGUUGCCUCCACGGCGCCGCCCUCGCCGGACACCUACUGCGCGUGGGCGCCGCGGUCCGCGCCGGGGUCCCCCGCGCGGGAGCGGGACUUCCCCAAGUCCGCCUCCACGGGGGAGGCGCGCCGCUCCUGGCGCCUCCGCGACCUCGUCUCCGGCGCCGGCGGACGCUCACACAGCGACGGCAAGGAGAAGUUCCUCUUCUUCCAGCCCACCACCACCGCCUCCGCCGCGCCGUCCAAAACGGCCGGCAGCAAGGCGACGGCGGAAAUGGCCGGCAGCAGCAGGCAGGCCGCCAAGCCUUCGGCGCCCGCGCAGAAGCAGAGCAAGAAGAAGGGCGGCAAGGCCGCUGGCGCCGCCGUGACAGAGAUGGACAUGGCGACCGCGCACAAGCUCUUCUACGCCAAGCAGGGCGGCGGCGCGCUCGCCGGCGACAGGCGGCAGCAGCAGCAGUCGUACCUCCCCUACCGCCCCGGGAUCGUCGGCUUCUUCACCGCCGCGCACGCGCUCGGCCGCUCGCACCACCCCUACUAGCUAGCUUGCUCGGCCACCGCCGACGAUCACUCCGCUCGUUUCGAUCGGGAUCAAUAAUCUCCCGAAGAAAGAUUAUUUCGUUCAUUUUUUUUCGAUUAAUAUUAACCGAAUAGCUCAUUCUUCUCUCGCCAUUUCCUGUGAAUACAAGAAAAAUAAAAAAUAAAAGAAAUUACAACGCCAUUCUUGUGCUGA